CGGAGGCGGCUCGACGCGGACCGAGUGGAAGGAGGGAGCGGGCCGCCGGUGCACAGCCGACUGCCAUGAAGCCUCCCGCAGCAUGCGCGGGAGAUGUCCUGGACGUGGCGUCUCCAUGCUCUGUCGUGAACUACCUGCGAUGGGACCUGCGCGCCCAGCAGAUAGAGGAGCUCACCAAGGAGCUCAUCGAGCAGACCAAGCGCGUGUACGACCAGGUGGGCUCCCAGAAGUUUGAGGAGGUGUCAUACGAGAGCACGCUCAAGGCACUGGCCGACGUGGAGGUCACCUACACGGUUCAGAGGAACAUCCUUGACUUCCCCCAGCACGUGUCCCCCUGCAAGGACAUUCGCACGGCCAGCACAGAGGCCGACAAGAAGCUGUCUGAGUUCGACGUGGAGAUGAGCAUGCGGCAGGACGUGUACCAGCGGAUCGUGUGGCUCCAGGAGAAAGUUCCGAAGGACUCGCUGAGGCCAGAGGCGGUGCGCUACCUGGAGCGGCUCAUCAAGCUGGGCAGGAGGAACGGGCUGCACCUCCCCAGAGAGACGCAGGAAAAAAUCAAAAGCAUAAAGAAGAAACUCAGUCUCCUGUGCAUCGACUUCAACAAGAACCUGAACGAGGACACGACCUUUCUGCCGUUCACGCGCGAGGAGCUAGGAGGGCUCCCCGAGGACUUCCUGAACUCGCUGGAGAAGACAGAGGACGACAAGCUGAAGGUCACUCUCAAGUACCCGCAUUACUUCCCCCUGCUGAAGAAGUGCCACGUGCCUGAGACCCGGCGGAAGGUGGAGGCGGCCUUCAACUGCCGCUGCAAGGAGGAGAACUGCGCCAUCCUCAAGGAGCUGGUGGCCCUGCGGGCCCAGAAGUCCAGCCUGCUGGGGUUCAGCACGCACGCAGACUACGUGCUGGAGAUGAACAUGGCCAAGACCAGCCAGGCUGUGGCCACGUUUCUAGACGAGCUGGCGCAGAAGCUGAAGCCGCUGGGGGAGCAGGAGCGGGCCGCAAUCCUGGAGCUGAAGAAGGCGGAGUGCGAGCGGCGGGGGCUGGCGUUCGACGGGCGCAUCCACGCCUGGGACAUGCGCUACUACAUGAACCAGGUGGAGGAGACGCGCUACCGCGUGGACCAGAACCUGCUCAAGGAGUACUUCCCCAUGCAGGUGGUCACCCGGGGGCUGCUGGGCAUCUACCAGGAGCUCCUGGGGCUGACCUUCGACCUGGAGGAGGGCGCCAGUGUAUGGCACGAGGACGUGAGGCUGUACGCGGUGCGGGACACAGCCUCGGGGGAGGUGAUCGGCAAGUUCUACCUGGACCUGUACCCGCGGGAAGGGAAAUACGGGCACGCGGCCUGCUUCGGUCUGCAGCCUGGCUGCCUGCGGCAGGACGGGAGCCGCCAGAUCGCCAUCGCGGCCAUGGUGGCCAACUUCACCAAGCCCACCCCUGACGCCCCGUCCCUGCUGCAGCACGACGAGGUGGAGACCUACUUCCACGAGUUCGGGCACGUGAUGCACCAGCUCUGCUCCCAGGCGGAGUUUGCCAUGUUCAGCGGGACCCACGUGGAGCGGGACUUCGUAGAGGCGCCUUCGCAGAUGCUAGAGAACUGGGUGUGGGAGGAGGAGCCACUGCUCAGGAUGUCGCGGCACUACCACACGGGUGGUGCCAUGCCCCAGGCGCUGCUGGAGAAGCUCAUCGCGUCCCGGCAGGCCAACACAGGUCUCUUCAACCUGCGCCAGAUCGUCCUUGCCAAGCUGGACCAGGCCCUGCACACGCAGACGGAUGCAGACCCAGCCGAGGAGUACGCCCGGCUCUGUAGGGACAUCCUCGGGGUCCCCGCCACACCAGGUACCAACAUGCCCGCGACUUUCGGCCACCUGGCAGGCGGCUAUGACGCGCAGUACUACGGCUAUCUGUGGAGCGAGGUGUACUCCAUGGACAUGUUUCACACGCGCUUCAAGCAGGAGGGUGUCCUGAACAGCAAGGUCGGCAUGGACUACAGAAGCUGCAUCCUGAGACCUGGCGGCUCUGAGGACGCCAGCGCCAUGCUGAAGCGCUUCCUGGGCCGUGACCCCAAGCAGGACGCCUUCCUCCUGAGCAAGGGGCUGCAGGUGGGGGGCUGUGAGCCCCAGGCCUGCUGACGCCCGGCCCCCAACUGCCCCGGUCCUGCCCAUGCCCUGCUGCCCGGCGCCUCAGCCUCCAGCCAGGACAGGGCGAGCUCCAGGUGCUGGGCGGGACACUCGUGCAGGAGGGGCCGUCUCCCGCCCCUGUGGUCCUCACGCCCCACUGAGGUGGCCCUGUCAGGUCUCCUGCUCCAGGUGUCUGGAGGGCCCUGGCAUCUGCCCAGGGCCUCGUCUUCGUUGCACUAACACGUCCCCUCCCUGGGAAACACUCCUUGUUGAAAUGCGGUCAUUAAAAAAAAAAAAACCC